AUGCUCCCGAGGCUGGCUUCGAGUCUGCGCCCUUAUCGAGCAACUUAUCUGGGGCUGGCGAGAUGGCUCUCUUCUGGAUCUGUAAACAUCACGGAUCCCCUGAACUUUUGGGCUGGAGAAAGGAGAUCAAGUGCAGGAAUAAAUCAUGGAGAAAACGUAUAUGAACCGGCAACAGGACGUGUUUUGUGUCAGCUACAUGAAUGUGGUGCUGAAGAUGUCAAUGAGGCCGUGAACAGUGCCAAGUCAGCAUUAAACUACUGGAGCAAAAUGUCAGGGAUGGAGAGGGCGAGGAUCUUAAUAGUAGCUGCUCAAAUUAUUGAUAGUAGAAGAGAGGAGAUCGCUCAAAUGGAAGUUAUCAAUAAUGGAAAGUCCAUAACAGAAGCCCGUUUGGACGUGGAUUCUGCCAGACUUUGUAUAGAGUACUAUGCAGGGUUAGCCAACACCUUGUCAGGCCAACAUGUCCAAUUGCCAGGUGGAUCCUUUGCCUACACUCGGAGAGAGCCUUUAGGGGUGUGUGCUGGCAUCGGUGCAUGGAACUAUCCUUUUCAAAUUGCUGCUUGGAAAUCUGCCCCAGCGCUUGCAUGUGGAAAUGCUAUGGUCUUCAAGCCAUCACCAGUGACUCCAGUGACCGCAGUGUUAUUAGCUGAGAUGUAUGUUCAAGCUGGUGCUCCACAAGGACUUUUCAAUGUUGUCCAGGGUGGACAAGGAACAGGCCAGCUACUUUGCCUGCACCAUGACAUUGCUAAGGUGUCUUUUACUGGGAGUGUCCCCACUGGCAAAAGGAUAAUGGAAAUGGCAUCAAAAGGAGUUAAACCUGUGACUCUUGAACUGGGGGGUAAAUCACCUCUACUGAUUUUUGAUGACUGUGACCUGGAAAAUGCAGUGAAAGGAGCGCUUAUGGCAAAUUUUCUGUCUCAAGGCCAGGUUUGCAGCAACGGAACAAGAGUUUUUGUUCAGAAAGAUAUCCUUCCAGAAUUUUUGGAGGAGGUUGUGAAGAGGACUAAAUUAAUAGAAAUUGGCGACCCACUAUUGGAGACAACUCGGAUGGGAGCGCUUGUCAAUCUCCCACACCUUAACAGGGUCUUAUCCUAUGUCAAUCAAGCAAAGAAAGAGGGAGCAAAAGUCAUGUGUGGUGGAGAGGUAUUCAUCCCAGUGGAUCCCAAACUUAAAGAUGGAUACUACAUGACUCCCUGUGUACUUGGAGACUGCUCUGAUGAGAUGACUUGUGUAAAGGAGGAGAUAUUUGGUCCCGUCAUGUCUGUGUUGUCAUUUGAAACUGAAGAGGAAGCACUUCACAGAGCGAAUGACACUAAUUUGGGUCUUGCUGCCGGAGUUUUUACCAGGGAUGUGCGAAGAGCCCAUCGAGUCGUUGAACAUCUGAAGGCUGGUUCCUGUUUUAUCAAUAAUUAUAACAUAACACCUGUUGAAGUGCCUUUUGGAGGCUUUAAGAUGUCAGGUAUUGGACGAGAAAAUGGACAAGUCACAAUAGAGCAUUAUUCCCAACUGAAGACCGUUUUUGUUGAGAUGGGAGACGUAGACAGCCUUUUCUGA